UGCUGGUCUCUUUUCCCUGCUCAAUGAAAAGCGCUUCACAGCAGCUGUCGCUGCCGGUGCCCUUCCAGUGUCCGUCUCAGAGCACCCGCCUCGGCCUCGCGCUGAGAAAAGAUGACAGCAAUCAAGCAUGCGUUACAGAGAGAUAUUUUCACACCAAACGAUGAGCGCCUGCUGAGCAUCGUGAAUGUCUGCAAAGCCGGCAAAAAGAAAAAGAACUGUUUUCUGUGUGCCACAGUGACAACUGAACGCCCCGUGCAGGUGAAGGUGGUCAAAGUCAAGAAAUCUGACAAGGGAGAUUUCUACAAGAGGCAAAUUGCUUGGGCCCUUCGAGACCUCGCUGUGGUAGAUGCUAAAGAUGCCAUCAAAGAAAAUCCCGAAUUUGAUUUACAUUUUGAAAAAGUGUAUAAGUGGGUUGCCAGCAGCACUGCUGAAAAGAAUGCAUUCAUUUCCUGCAUUUGGAAACUGAAUCAGCGCUACCUCCGCAAGAAAAUCGAUUUUGUUAAUGUGAGCUCACAGCUCUUGGAAGAGCUGCCUAAAGUUACAGAAGAAUCUGUCCCAAGUGGAGAAAAUCAAAGUGUAGCAGGAGGGGAUGAGGAAGCAGGAGACGAGUACCAAGAGCUAAACGCAAGAGAAGAGCAGGAUAUUGAAAUCAUGGUAGAAGGCUGCGAGUAUGCCAUCUCCAACGCUGAAGCCUUUGCAGAGAAGUUGUCGCGAGAGCUGCAAGUGCUAGAUGGGGCCAACAUUCAAUCAAUCAUGGCCUCUGAAAAACAAGUGAACAUCCUGAUGCAGUUGCUGGAUGAGGCCCUGAAGGAGGUGGAUCAGAUUGAAUUGAAACUGAGCAGCUAUGAAGAAAUGCUCCAAAGUGUAAAAGAGCAAAUGGAUCAGAUCUCUGAAAGCAACCACCUGAUUCAUCUCAGUAACACGAAUAAUGUGAAACUCCUGUCAGAGAUAGAGUUCCUCGUGAACCACAUGGACUUGGCCAAAGGUCAUAUAAAGGCUCUUCAGGAAGGAGACCUUGCUUCUUCCAAAGGCAUUGAGGCCUGCACCAACGCUGCUGAUGCCCUUCUGCAGUGCAUGAAUGUCGCCCUUCGACCAGGCCAUGACAUGCUCCUGGCGGUCAAGCAGCAGCAGCAGCGCUUCGGUGACCUGAGGGAGCAUUUUGCCCGAAGACUGGCCAAUCAUCUCAACAAUGUUUUUGUUCAACAGGGUCAUGAUCAGAGUUCAACUCUUGCUCAGCACUCUGUUGAACUUACUUUACCCAAUCAUCAUCCAUUUCAUAGAGACCUACUCCGAUAUGCCAAGCUGAUGGAGUGGCUAAAGAGUACAGAUUAUGGAAAAUAUGAAGGACUAACAAAGAAUUACAUGGAUUAUUUAUCCCGACUAUAUGAAAGAGAAAUCAAAGAUUUCUUUGAAGUUGCAAAGAUCAAGAUGACUGGCACCACUAAAGAAAGCAAGAAGUUUGCUACACUGCCUCGAAAAGAAAGUGCUGUCAAACAGGAAACCGAGAGUCUCCAUGGAAGCUCUGGGAAACUCACCGGGUCAACUUCUAGUCUGAAUAAACUGAGCGUCCAGAGCUCCGGCAAUCGCAGGUCCCAGUCCUCCUCCCUGCUGGACAUGGGGAACAUGUCCGCCUCUGACCUUGAUGUCGCUGACAGAGCCAAAUUUGAUAAGAUCUUUGAACAGGUACUGAGUGAGCUGGAGCCCCUGUGUCUGGCAGAACAAGACUUCAUAAGUAAAUUUUUCAAACUACAGCAACAUCAAAACAUGUCUGCAUCAAUGACUGAAGCAGAAGACCUGGAUGGAGGCUCAUUGUCACGGCAGCAUAGUUCUGGCACACUGCUGCCUAUUUCAUCUGAGAAAGAUAUGAUUCGCCAAAUGAUGAUCAAAAUAUUUCGUUGCAUUGAACCAGAACUGAACAACUUAAUUGCAUUAGGAGACAAAAUUGACAGCUUUAACUCUCUUUACAUGCUAGUCAAAAUGAGUCAUCAUGUGUGGACUGCACAAAAUGUGGACCCUGCCUCUUUUCUAAGUACCACAUUGGGAAAUGUUUUGGUGACUGUGAAGAGGAACUUUGACAAAUGCAUUAGUAACCAAAUAAGACAAAUGGAAGAAGUAAAGAUCUCAAAGAAAAGUAAAGUAGGAAUUCUUCCAUUUGUUGCUGAAUUUGAAGAAUUUGCUGGACUGGCAGAAUCAAUCUUCAAAAAUGCCGAACGUCGUGGCGAUCUGGACAAAGCAUAUACCAAACUAAUCAGAGGAGUGUUUGUUAAUGUGGAGAAAGUAGCAAAUGAAAGCCAGAAGACCCCAAGAGAUGUGGUUAUGAUGGAAAACUUUCAUCAUAUUUCUGCAACUCUUUCUCGUUUGAAAAUCUCAUGUCUAGAAGCUGAGAAAAAAGAAGCCAAGCAGAAGUACACUGAUCAUCUUCAGUCUUAUGUCAUCUAUUCCUUAGGACAGCCUCUUGAAAAACUAAACCAUUUCUUUGAAGGCGUUGAAGCCCGAGUAGCCCAGGGCAUUCGGGAGGAGGAAGUGAGCUACCAGCUAGCAUUCAACAAACAAGAGCUUCGCAAAGUCAUCAAAGAGUACCCUGGCAAGGAGGUGAAGAAGGGCCUGGAUAACCUCUACAAGAAGGUUGACAAGCAUCUGUGUGAAGAGGAGAACCUACUGCAGGUGGUGUGGCACUCCAUGCAAGAAGAGUUUAUACAGCAGUACAAGCACUUCGAGGGCUUGAUAGCUCGCUGUUACCCUGGAUCUGGGGUGACAAUGGAAUUCACUAUUCAGGACAUUCUGGACUAUUGCUCCAGCAUUGCACAGUCCCACUAAGCAUCGUGAAAGAGAAAAAGAAGUGAGCGCGCAUUCUCUGUACACCAAACACUACCUAAAAAAAUGAAGCAAGUGCUUUGAGAAGCAGACGCAAGCAUUUGCAUGUGACUGUCAGUUAACUGUAGAACUCCGCUCCAGAUGUUGAGGUGCAGCCGCAGCCUGUGGAUCAGUUGGGUUGACGUCCAGGUGAUGUACCUGCUAAGCAGCAUUUCUCCCAUCACGAAGUGCCCUCAGCGCUUUUCAGUGACCGGGCAGGACAUUUUUCUUUGCUGCCAGCUUCUUCUCUUUGCGAGUGGCUGUUCUGAGUGGAACAGGGAGUUUGUCAACACUCACUCGAUGCCAGUUGCUCAAUCAUGGAACUAUGAAAACAUUGCACAGUAUUGUUUUGUCCCCUUGUCUAACAAGUGUACAUAUGGGUUAGGGAGCUGACAUGGUAAUGAGCUACCAGCUUGGAUUUUGAGGAUUAUGUGGCUCUGUAUAUUAAAUAAAGAACAUUUUUAAAAGUU